UCACCGAAAAGAACCGGCUCGUAAAAACGGUUCAUACGCGAAUCGGACAUCACUGUUACAGUGAGAGGAGCAGUUUUAAGAGGCUGCCGUAGAGGAUCUACUGCUGAUAUGGAGACUCUAACCAUAUGACCGUGCAACUUUAGUGAAGCGACUGAACGGACAAGGCGCUUUUAUGGCUGCAGUCUUGUCAACAACUUCAAACAUGUCCAAAAGCCUGAAGAAGAAAAGUCACUGGACUAACAGAGUCCAUGAGGUUGUGUUGUCCAGGGGUCCGAGUGGGGAUCUAGGGUUCGAGCUGCAGGGAGGCGCGGAGAACGGACAGUUCCCCGUUAUUGGAGAGGUAAAACCGGACAGGCGCAAACUGCAGCAGGACGAGCUGCUUUUGGAGGUUAACGAUACUCCAGUGGCCGGACUGACCAUCAGGGAUGUUUGGGCUGUGGUCAGGCACUGCAAAGACCCUGUUCGGUUCAAGUGUGUCAAACAAGGAGGUGUUGUGGAUAAAGAUCUCAGACAGUACCUCAACCUGCGUUUCCAGAAGGGCUCUUUGGACCACGAGCUGCAGCAAAUCAUUCGGGACAACCUCUAUCUGCGAACAGUACCUUGUACAACCAGGCAGCCCAGAGAAGGAGAAGUUCCUGGAGUAGACUAUAAUUUUGUGACCGUUGAGCGUUUUGUGGAGUUAGAGAGAAGUGGAGCUUUGCUGGAAAGUGGAACUUAUGAAGAUAACUAUUACGGCACACCAAAGCCCCCGGCGGAGCCCAGUCCACUGCUGCUGAAUGUAGCAGAGCAGCUGCUGCCCGGAGCAACACCCACAUCACAGGGCAAACGCAGGCGCAACAAGUCCGUCAGCAACAUGGAGAAGGCUGGCAUUGAGCCUCCCGAGGAGGAGGAGGAGGAGAGACCCGUCAUUAACGGCAAUGGAGUCGCCAUCACACCAGAGUCAAGUGAACAUGAAGACAAGAGUACAGACGCCUCAGGAGAGAUGGCUACCACAUGCCCCUCCGAGACCUCCACAGAUGCCCCUAAAGAAGAUACAGAACCACCAAAAUCGCCACCCAAACCAGAUGAAAACGAUGAACUGGGUCCUCUGCCAGAUAACUGGGAGAUGGCAUACACUGAGAAAGGAGAAGUGUACUUUAUAGACCACAAUACGAAGACAACAUCCUGGUUGGACCCCCGGCUCGCAAAGAAAGCAAAGCCCCCCGAAGAAUGCAAGGAAAAUGAGCUUCCUUAUGGCUGGGAGAAAAUUGAUGACCCUAUUUAUGGAACCUACUAUGUUGAUCACAUAAACCGCAGGACUCAGUUCGAGAACCCAGUUUUAGAGGCCAAGAGAAGAUUGCAACACCAGCAGCAGAUGCAGAGUCAGGGCUUGUCCUCUCUCCCCCUACCUGCAGUUUACAGAGAGAAGCCUCUGUUCACGAGGGACCCCACGCAACUGAAAGGCAGCUUUCUGUCUACACCUCUGCAGAAAAGCAACAUGGGAUUUGGCUUCACUAUCAUUGGCGGUGAUGAACCAGAUGAGUUUCUACAGGUCAAAAGUGUCAUACCGGACGGGCCUGCAGCACAGGAUGGCAAAAUGGCUACAGGAGAUGUGAUCGUCUAUAUCAACGACGUCUGCGUCCUGGGCACCACCCAUGCUGAUGUUGUAAAGCUAUUCCAAUCAGUGCCAAUUGGACAAAGCGUAACCCUUGUCCUUUGCAGGGGUUACCCUCUUCCUUAUGACCCAGAGGAUGCAGCAAACACCUUACUAUCCCCCCUCGGCCUCAUUGAUCGCCCUCUGCUGGUCAACGGACGGAAUAGCUACGACAGCUACAUGGAGUACAUCUCCCGCACCGCCCGUUUCGUCGACCCCCUUCAAACAACGAUGGUGCAGCCUCACCCUGGAGACACCCACCUGGACGCCGGGCCACUGGAGGACAGCGUCUCGAUGGCGUCGUCUGGAGCGGCUGGAGGAGAGCUGCUAACGAUUAACAUGGUGAAGGGGGCAGAUGGGUUUGGAUUCACCAUAGCAGACAGUAAUGGAGGGCAAAGAGUGAAGCAGAUUCUGGAGGCUCAAGGAUGCCCGGGGCUGUGUGAGGGAGAUCUGAUUGUGGAAAUUAACCAGCAACCUGCGCUAACACUGUCACACACGCAAGUGGUGGAGCUGCUAAAAGAGUGUCCGAUUGGGACGGAGGCCACAUUGGUCAUACAAAGAGGAGGCACAGGUCACUUUUCCCCUUGGAAGACCACUAAACAGGU